CUAACCUGAACCAUACAAUAGGUAGGGAGUAUUGGUAUUGGGGUGUGUAGUAUAUGGGUUGGACCAAUACGCAUAUAUAAUAAUAGAUUAUUAUCUACAUGAGGAAUUGGUGGUAAUUAUUGUCCCUAUUUGAGAUGAGAAAGGAAACUGCAACCAGCAACUAAUAAUAAUAAUAAUAAAUGUACGUAAUAAAAAGGAAUAAAAUAUUGUGGGUGAUUGUUGCCUGUUUUCGCUCAAUUUACGAGUUGCUGCUCUGCUGUAUCGAUCAGUAUUAUUAUGUAAUCCACACACACACAAACGCUACCUCAAUUCGGGCAGUUGUUUUUAAAACGUUAAAAUUCUCGUCAAAGUUACCGAGUGAGGUAUACAAUUCGGACCAUGACAAACGCCAUCCGUCCGAUAUCCCUGGAGUCAACAACUCAACGGUUGCGAUGAGAUCUCACUCUCUCAAAACAGAAAUAAAACCUCUUCUUUACUGCUGCUUCCAAGUUCUAAAGGCUCAACACUAGCUCGGUGCGUUCAAUCGCAUUACUACUACCACUCUCCAGGAAGGAAAGAUGGCGAUGGCGAGUAUUGCCAGGCGAAGAACCGCCAAUCUGUUUUCUUCAUCUUCAAAGCAUCUCUACAACUACUCCUGGAUUCUCACCAGGGGAUUCGCCUCGGGAUCUGAUGACAACGACGUCGUCGUUAUUGGCGGCGGUCCUGGAGGUUACGUCGCCGCUAUCAAGGCCGCCCAGCUUGGCCUCAAGACCACUUGCAUCGAGAAGCGUGGGACCCUCGGCGGCACCUGCCUCAACGUCGGCUGCAUCCCUUCCAAGGCAUUGCUUCACUCCUCCCAUAUGUAUCAUGAAGCCAAGCAUUCAUUUGCCAGUCAUGGUGUAAAGCUUGCUUCUGUUGAGGUCGAUCUGCCGGCCAUGAUGGCCCAAAAAGAUAAAGCUGUUGGUAAUUUGACUAAAGGUAUUGAAGGUCUAUUCAAGAAGAACAAAGUAAGCUAUGUCAAGGGGUAUGGCAAGUUCCUUUCUCCCUCUGAAGUUUCCGUUGAUACUCUAGAAGGUGGUAACACCAUUGUGAAAGGGAAGCAUAUUAUAAUAGCUACCGGUUCUGAUGUCAAAAGUCUGCCAGGCAUAACUAUUGAUGAAGAGAGAAUUGUAUCAUCUACUGGAGCUUUAGCCUUAAAAGAGGUUCCUAAGAAACUUGUUGUUAUAGGCGCUGGCUAUAUUGGUCUUGAAAUGGGUUCUGUCUGGGGGCGCCUGGGGUCAGAGGUAACUGUUGUUGAAUUUGCAGCCGACAUUGUUCCGACCAUGGAUGGUGAAGUCCGUAAACAAUUUCAACGUUCACUUGAGAAGCAGAAGAUGAAAUUCAUGCUCAAAACUAAGGUGGUCUCUGUGGACACCACGGGAAAUGGUGUGAAAUUAACACUUGCACCAGCAGCUGGUGGUGAUCAGACCACACUUGAGGCUGAUGUCGUUCUUGUUUCUGCUGGUAGAACUCCAUUUACUGCUGGACUUGAAUUGGAGAAGAUAGGGGUUGAAACUGAUAAGGCUGGCCGGAUCUUGGUGAAUGAGCGGUUUGCCACCAACAUACCAGGUGUUUAUGCCAUUGGUGAUGUUAUUCCUGGGCCUAUGUUGGCUCACAAAGCUGAAGAAGAUGGUGUUGCAUGUGUCGAAUAUAUUGCUGGCAAGGAAGGCCACGUGGACUAUGAUAUGGUUCCUGGUGUUGUUUACACACACCCUGAGGUGGCAUCUGUUGGGAAAACUGAGGAACAGGUGAAAGCACUUGGAGUUGAUUAUCGUGUAGGCAAAUUUCCUUUCCUGGCAAACAGCAGGGCAAAGGCAAUUGAUGAUGCUGAGGGACUGGUCAAGAUACUUGCUGAGAAGGAGACGGACAAGAUUUUGGGCGUCCACAUCAUGGCUCCAAAUGCUGGGGAGCUUAUUCAUGAGGCUGUUUUGGCUUUGCAGUAUGGAGCAUCAAGCGAGGACAUUGCUCGCACAUGCCAUGCUCAUCCAACAAUGAGUGAGGCACUAAAGGAGGCUGCUAUGGCCACUUAUGACAAGCCCAUUCACAUUUAGAAGCCAUGGAUAAUCUUGUCAUUUUAUUUGGGUUAAUUCUGAGAGUUCGGGAUUGAGGUUGGCUCAAGAUUUCUUGAUUCCUGACACUUACUCUACUUGAUCGAGUGAUCAAACGUGAUGUUUUUUCUUCUUCCUCAACUUGCAUUUGUUAUUGUCAUACAACUGUACACUUGGAUGCUUCUCCCAUGAAAUGAAGUAAUAACAUAACGAGCAGUGUAAAAAAAUGAGCUUGUACGACAUUGAUGUGAUUCAUAUCGGUGGGAUAAUAUUUACAGUCGUUGUGGAAUACAUUGAUUUCACCU